AAAUUUUAUACAUUUAUUGCUAGAACUAGAAGUUGCAGACAGCCAUGGCAUCAGUUGCGGGGCGCCUAAGUAUGUUCUUGGUCGUUCUUUUGAUGCCCAUUGUGGUGGCCGAAGGAGGACCACCCAAGGCCAAGAAAGUCAGGUGCAAAGAUAGGAACUUCCCGGCUUGUUACAAACAGACCUUCUACUGCCCCAACACGUGUCUCCGAACCUGUGCGGUCGACUGUGCCCGGUGCCAACCUGUUUGUUUCCCAGUCCCAUCUCCACCACCUCCACCUCCAUCCCCACCACCUCCGCCAAAGCGCCUUAGGUCCCCUCCUCCACCUCGUAAGAGGAGCCCGCCACCGCCGCCACGUAAGAGGAGCCCCCCUCCACCAGUGGAUAGCUGGAAAUACCCUCCUCCUCCCCCUCCAGCAAGCUUUAUGCCACCUCCGCCACCAGCACAAACAACUUCACCACCUCCCCCGCCUUCUUCGGGCAAUGCCACCACUCCCCCCCCACCACCUGAUCAGUCGGAAGCCUCUGGUGCAAGUAGGGUGAGAUGCAGGAGCAAAGCAUACCCUCAAUGCUACGGCUUAGAGCACACUUGCCCCAGCGCUUGCCCUAAAACAUGUGGGGUCGACUGUGUCACCUGCAAAGCCAUUUGCGAUUGUGACCGAGUAGGUACGGUGUGUCAAGACCCUCGAUUCAUCGGUGGUGAUGGUAUCACUUUCUAUUUCCAUGGCAAGAAAGAUCGCAAUUUUUGCUUAGUCUCCGAUUCAAAUCUCCACAUCAACGGUCACUUCAUCGGAAAAAAGAAUUACAACAUGAAGAGAGACUUCACAUGGGUCCAGGCUCUUGGGAUUCUUUUCGAUAAACACAAGUUAUUCAUAGGUGCUGAGAAGACAGUCACGUGGGACGAUGCCGUUGAUCGCCUCGCCGUGGCUGUUGAUGGAGAGCAGAUUUCUCUGCCUAACUACGAGGGCGCUUCCUGGCAGUCCCCAUCAGCUCCGGGCAUCACCGUCACGCGGACCCGAGACAUGAAUUCCGUUGAUAUCGAGGCAAAGAGCAACUUCAAGAUCAAGGCUACGGUGGUACCAAUCACCGAGAAGGACUCCCUGAUCCACAACUACGGCAUAACCCAGGAAGACUGCUUUGCUCACCUCGACCUCAGCUUCAAGUUCUACUCGCUGAACGGUGAUGUCACCGGUGUCCUGGGACAGACCUACGCUAGGAACUAUGUGAGCAGGGCCAAGAUGGGGAUCUCGAUGCCGGUUCUGGGCGGCGAGAGGGAGUUCGCUUCGUCUGGCCUGUUCACAACCGACUGUGCUGCCUCCCGGUUCAUUGGGCAGUUGGGCCACCUCAGGAACUCAACUGGCAGCUUCGAGUACGCUAAUUUGAGCUGCGUGGGCGGAGAGGACGGUCAUGGAGUCGUGUGCAAGAGAUGAUCAAAAUGAUCUCCCCGAACUCAAUCUCUCCUGAAGUAGUAAAUACACUUUCAUUUAUAUUAAUUAUACCAUGCAUGCAUGCAUGAAUAUGCAGUAAGGCCAAUGAAGCGAGGACAAAUCUGAUCUCUGUGUUAAAUAAAUUAUUCCAUUUGUCUAAUGUUGUGUGAGUGUUGUUGUCUAUGUACUUUCGUGAAUAAAAUUCUUUGAAAUGGAAAAGAAUAAAACACUUAAGCCUUG